UCACAAUUUAGAAUAGAAUUUAUUUUAUACUUGUCGUAGACACUUUUUAAGAGUAUAAAAGCAUCGUCAAGUUUUAGGUUUGUCAUCAGUUGCAAAUCAUUUGCCAAUACAAAAUCUUUAUUCAAACUUCUUCAUCCUUAUUUUUUGUGUUUAAACAAACAUUAACAAACCUCAUCAUCAUGUUCAAGCUAUUGUUGGUUGUGUCUAUCUUUGCUUUUGCCAUUGCUGAGCCUGGAGUAGUUGUAGCCCCAGCUCCUGUGGUGGCUCAUCCCGUGGUAGGCCAUGGUCCGGUUAUACAUCAUCAUGGUGCCCAUGCUGUGCACUCCCAUGUUAUUCAACAUCCUGCCCCUGUCAAAGCUGUGGUUCACAAAGCAGUAGUACCUGUAGUACCAGUCGUAAAACCUGUGGUACCUCUAGUACCCGUUCAUCAUGCUCAUCCAGCUAUUAUAGCUCAUCACUAAGCUGUUUUACUCUCAGCUGCUUAACCCCUUGUCUAAUCCUUAAAAAUAUCCCUCCUCCUUGUAAAGCUACCUUUACAAACCAAAAAAAUAUGUAUAAAUAUAAUAAAAAAAUCUCUGUCUUAAUAAAAUGAACAUUGCCAAAAAAGAAAAAUAAAAGAA